GACUUCCUUUCCUGGGUCCUGGAGUUCUCCCUCCCCUGGCCAGAGCGAAAGAAUGGCCACCUUGCAGCUAGAAGAGAAACUGGUCUGUGCAAUCUGCCUGGAGCUAUACCGGGAAGCGGUCACUCUGCCCUGCGGCCACAACUUUUGCCGGGCUUGCAUCGAAGACCACUGGCGCAGGCACGAGGUGAACUGCCCCCAGUGCCGGACCCCGUUCACGCAGCGCCCUGCGCUGCACAAAAACGGGGCUCUGUGUGACGUGGUGGACACCCUCCGGGCGGCCGAGGGGCAGCCAGUAGCAGUGGAGCCCGUGCCCGACCGGAGCCAGGCAGCCCGAUGCCCGCGGCAUGGGCGAGCCCUGGAGCUCUACUGCCGGACCGAGAAGUUGUGCAUCUGCUGUGCCUGCACGGUGAGCCAGUGCCAGGGUCACCGGCGCGUCCUGCCGGAUGUGGAGCGCAAGGAGCAGGAGAAAUGGCUGGAAGAGCAGCUGGAGGAAAAUUGGAGCCAGGCAGUCCAGGCUGAGGAACAACUUCAGGAGGUGCAGCAGAAGAGUGAGGAGAUCCGGAACUCAGCCCACGCUCUGGCCUUGGCUGUCUCCAACAAAGUCUCUUGCUUACUGCGAGCCCUCGAAACCCAACGGGAUAAGGCGCUCCAGAGCAUUGAACAGGAAAAGUCAGCUGCCCUGGCACAGGCCAAGGAGACCGAGCAGUGGCUUCAGGACCACCUAGAACACCUGGCACAGCACACCCAGCAGAUCCAGGAGCUGCUGACGUGUCCUGAAGACAUGAGCUUCCUCCAGAAGGCUCUACUUCUGACACCUCCUGGGUCUUUGGCACCAGUGCCCUCACUGAAGUGGGAUGAAGAUGCUGGUCAGCUGAAUGAGCUGAAGAAGACACUAGACCAAAUCUAUCAACUCCUGCUGAGGGAUGAAAUUGGCCCUGUGAUUCUUAGAGAUGCUGAUCCUAGCCUCAAAGAGCACAGAGGACCCCUGGAAUCAGUCCCAAGACCAGUGUGCGGUCUAAGGAAGGAACUGAAACAGAAUUACCGAAACCUGACCUUUGACCCUGACACUGCCAACCACCACCUCUACCUAUCCUGCCAAAACCAGCGGGUAAAACAUGGCUCCAGGUCCCAGCAGGCUACCCGGCCUGGGAGGUUUCAACUCUGGCAAGUGCUGUGUGCCCAAGGCUUCGAGGCAGGAAAGCACUACUGGGAGGUAGAAGUGUCAGACCAUUCCGUGACCCUGGGUGUCACCUACCCUGGACUUGCCCGGCAAAACCUGCCCGGACAGACAGACAACAUUGGGAGAAACCCUUGUUCCUGGGGGCUCCGGGUGCAGGAGGAUGGCUAUCAGGCCUGGCACAACGGGGAGGCUCGGCGACUUCUGGGCAAACCCGGACACCUCUUGGGAAUGGAGUUGGACCUGCCUGUUGGACGUCUCUCUUUCUAUAGCUUGGAGCCUCAGGUCCAGCUCCUGCAUGUCUUCAACGCCUUCUUCACCCAGCCCCUGUACCCUGUCUUCUGGCUCUGUGAAGGCAGAACCAUCACCCUCCGUCAGCUGCCUGGGGCCAAGCCUUAUUCCGGGCCCCAGGGAGAAGCACUCAGUCCCAGCUGAAUAGUAUCCAAAGAGGGUGGGAGAGCCCAGAGAAAUACAGCUAUGGUAAAGAGGCAGCAGGGGCACACAGUGUUGCUGUUACUGUGUGCAGUCUUCUGGUUCUGCUCACUUCACUCAGAAUCAGUUCGUGUUAAG